GCCUGCAACCCAGAGCCCCUAACCCCAGCUUCCAAAAAUGGAAAACUAUGUCGGGAGCCGGCGCCCUUCGUUCUGGUCUUAGCUGAGCCAGUGGCGCCCUGUGUGAUUCAGGACAAGUUCCCACCAGGCACUGGGCCUCCAUCUGCCCGCCUGCAAAAUGAGAGGCUCUUCUAGUGGGUCUCCCUAAGUUCCAGGCAGACAAACCCAUUUCCUUGUCACACUUCCUCUAAGAUUAAUCCCCAGAUUCACCAGAGUGCCCCUCCUUCACCGACAGCCUGACGACUUUGUGAACUCUGGCCCCUUAGGUUCAACUGAAUAGCCUCCUCUGGAAUCAGCUGCCUAGGAAAGAAGCUUCUUGCAACCUGUGUUCACCAGCCUGACAAAUGGGUUUCCUCUGCAUCGAGAUCUUGGGCUGUGAAGACGUGUCUGAAGUACCUCAGGUCAAGCAGAAAAUCUGAACCACCAGGCCUGGAAAGAAAAGAGUUAGGUUUUAGAGGGUAGUCUUGUCCAGCUUCUUAUCUUCCUGGACUGUGGGAUCCACGGUGAACUUGGCCACCUCCAUGGCACACCGGCUGCAUCUACGUCUCCUGACAUGGGAUGUGAAGGACACACUGCUCAGGCUUCGCCGUCCUGUAGGGGAGGAAUAUGCCACCAAGGCCCAGGCCCAUGGGCUGAAGGUGGAGGCCGCAACCCUAGGCCAAGCCUUCAGGCAGGUGUACAGGGCUCAGAACCACAGCUUCCCUAACUACGGCCUGAGCCAUGGCCUCACCUCCCGCCAGUGGUGGCUGGAUGUGAUCUUACAGACCUUCCACCUGGCAGGUGUCCAGGAUGCCCAAGCUGUGGCCCCCAUCGCUGACCAGCUGUAUGAAGACUUCAGGCGCCCCUGCACCUGGCAGGUGUUAGAGGGGGCUGAGACCACCUUGCGAGGGUGCCGCAAGCGGGGUCUGAAGCUGGCAGCAGUCUCCAACUUUGACCGCCGCCUAGAGGAUAUCCUGGUGGGUCUUGGCCUGCGGGAACACUUUGACUUUGUGUUGACUUCUGAGGCUGCUGGCUGGCCCAAGCCAGACCCCCGCAUUUUCCAUGAGGCCUUGCGGCUUGCUCAUAUGGAACCAAAAGUAGCAGCCCACAUUGGGGACAGUUACCUCUGUGAUUACCAAGGGGCUCAGGCUGUAGGCAUGCACAGCUUUCUGCUGGUUGGCCCAGAGCCACUGGACCUUGCCAUCAGGGCUUCUGUACCUGAAGAACAUAUACUUCCAUCACUGUCCCAUCUCCUGCCUGCCCUUGACCGCCUGGAGGGCUCAACCCCUGCGCUGUGAGUCUGGCAAGGGAAGUAUCUGAGCUUAAACAAACACUGGAGAUGGGGAGCCCCUUCUUACUUCCCAGAUCUGGACUGUGCUCUUCCCCUGCAGCCUCCAAACCUGUUCCGAUGAUACAGAAUUAAGGGCUGAGCUUUUAGCCUUGCCACACUGACCAGCUCCAGGUUUGUGAGCUCACUCGUUCAUACCUGUGUUCCAUUUUUACCUGAGUCCUCCUCACCUCCACCCAUAUUCCUUGAGGGCCCAACUAGUUUCAAAACCAAGCACUUUCUAGCACUGGGGGUGUGGCUCAGUGCUAAAGUGCUUGCCUAGAAUGUAUGAGCCAUGGAUUCCAUCCCUAGCACCACCAAAAACAAAAACAGCAACAAAAAUAUGGGCAUUUUCAAACUUUGUAUUAGCAGCAAGAUUCUGUUGUCAUUGGAGAUCUGAAACCCCAUUAUAAAAUAAUAAUUUGAAGCAGAAUUCCUUUUAUUACUC